AUGUUUCAACAACCCAAGAGGCGAGCGGAAGAGACUACGAAAGAUUAUAGCUACAAAAAACGGAAAACGGAACAGGUUAACGUGAAAGCGGUCUCUCCUGAAGUGUCGCAAACUCGGGUAGAUUCACAAUCAGCCGACAUGAAGAGGCCGGUUACUGGCAAAAUAACCAAAAAGUCAAAACGGGAGAAAAAGGCUUCUAUAUUUUCACCAAAUACACCGUUGCCAUCGAGCAUAGCAAAGUAUAUAAAUAUGAAUUCACAUCUGAAAAGCGUUGAUCACGGUCGGCUCAAUACAAUGGGAAGGCUAGAGAUAGAAUUAGACAAAGCAGUAACAAAGGGGGAUUUAGAACUUGCUACCAAGCUGAGUGAAGAGAUUUCUCUCAAGAACUACGAACAAAUGGUGCAAGAAGCCAUCGAGCGGAAGGAGUAUUAUGAAGCCAAGCAGAAAGAGGAAGAACGAAAGGCAAACAAAAGAGGCCGUAAGCUGAAAUGGGGUUUUGAGUCUAAGCGCCGUUGGGAGACAAAGAGCAACAUGUAA